ACCAUCUCUGAAGAUACCAUUAUAUGGCCCAACAAUUUUAACCAGGUUCGCCCCAUUUCUCUGUGUAAUGGCAAUUGCCAUUCUGGUUAUAGUAAAAAUAAGAUUGAGGGGAAACCAUUUUGCUGCUAUGAUUGCCAUUCAUGUCCUGAAGGGAAGAUUUCAAACCAAAAUGACAUGGAAGACUGCUUUCAAUGUCCAGAAGGUCAGUAUCCCAAUGUGGAACAGAAUCUGUGCCUUCUGAAAGGCAUUAGCUUCCUCUCAUUUGAAGAACCUUUGGGAAUUACCCUCAUGGUUUGCGCUUUUUCAUUUUCUUUCCUCACAGCUUUUGUGCUUCACCUUUUCGUUAAGUACCGUGAGACUCCCAUUGUCAAAGCCAACAACCGGAACCUCAGCUACAUUCUUCUCAUUUCUCUUUUGUUUUGUUUCCUUUGCACUUUGCUAUUUAUUGGACAGCCCACAAAGCUUAUGUGUCUCCUUCGACAAACAACCUUUGGCAUCAUUUUCUCAAUAGCCAUUUCUUCAGUUUUCGCCAAGACCAUCAUUGUGGUCCUUGCCUUCAUGGCAACCACACCAGGAGGUGGGAUGAGGAAAUGCUCUGGAAAGCAAAUGGCCAGCACCAUUGUCCUCUCCUGCUCUUUUAUUCAAGCUUUGAUUUACACUGUGUGGUUGGUAACUAGUCCUCCCUUUCCAAAUGUUGACAUGCACUCCCUGAUGGAAGAAAUUAUCCUGGAAUGCAAUGAAGGCUCUAUCACCAUGUUUUACAUUGCCUUGGGCUUUCUGGGCUUUCUGGCUACCAUCAGCUUCACAGUGGCCUUCUUGGCCAGGAAUCUGCCUGACAGUUUCAAUGAAGCCAAGUUUAUCACCUUCAGCAUGUUGGGCUUCUGCAGUGUCUGGGUGUCUUUUGUUCCAACUUAUUUAAGCACAAAGGGCAAAUACAUGGUGGCCGUGGAGAUUUUUUCCAUCUUGGCCUCCACUGCUGGUUUACUGCUCUGCAUCUUUUCCCCUAAAUGUUAUAUAAUUGUUAUGAGGCCUGAAUUAAAUAACAAGGAACAGCUAAGAAGACGAAAGUCAUAG